GGAACAAAUACCCGCCACGUUUGGACGAAGCCAUGGACUCCGUGCUGAGAAUGGCGGCCACUGUGCCCGUUCUCCUCCUUCUCCCCGGCGAUCGGACCCUCGCCGGACCCUCUCCGACCCUCUUCCUUCCCUUCCACUCGCCGGAGGAUCUCCGCUCUCCGUUCUGGUGUUCCGGCGUUGAAGCCUUGUGCGGUUUCAUCCCCUCCGUGCCGGCUCCUGAGGCCGUGGCUGAGGUCCAGAAGAGAGCCCCGGAGGAGGAGUCUGAGAAGGAGGAGGAGAAGAUCGUUCUACCCACUAAUGAAUCAUCCGAGAAGCUUCUCCGAAUUCGUCACUCGUGUGCUCAUGUGAUGGCCAUGGCUGUUCAGAAACUUUUCCCUGAUUCCAAGGUUACUAUUGGUCCUUGGAUAGAUAAUGGCUUCUAUUAUGACUUUGAUAUGGAACCUUUGACAGAUAGAGAUUUGAAGAGAAUAAAGAAGGAAAUGGAUCGCAUCAUCAACCGAAACCUACCUUUGAUUAGAGAAGAAGUUGCACGAGAUGAAGCUCAGAAGAGAAUAUUGGCUUUAAAUGAGCCAUACAAACUGGAGAUUCUGGAAAGUAUCAAGGAAGAGCCUAUCACCAUCUAUCAUAUUGGAAAUGAAUGGUGGGACCUCUGUGCUGGACCUCAUGUCGACUCUACCGGGCACAUAAACAAGAAAGCUGUUGAGCUUGAAUCUGUUGCAGGGGCCUACUGGCGAGGAGAUGAAAAUAGACCAAUGUUGCAGAGGAUAUAUGGCACUGCAUGGGAGACUGAGGAGCAAUUAAAGGCUUACAUUCACUUUAAAGAGGAGGCAAAGCGCCGGGAUCAUCGUCGCCUUGGGCAGGAUCUUGAUUUGUUCUCCAUACAGGAUGAUGCUGGUGGAGGACUUGUAUUCUGGCAUCCAAAAGGUGCCAUGGUAAGGCACCUGAUUGAAGAUUCAUGGAAGAAAGUUCAUCUUCAACAUGGAUAUGACCUUCUGUAUACCCCACAUGUGGCAAAAGCUGAUCUUUGGAAAAUUAGUGGCCAUUUGGAUUUCUACAAGGAGAAUAUGUAUGAUCAAAUGGAUGUUGAAGAUGAAUUCUACCAACUUCGGCCUAUGAAUUGCCCAUAUCACAUUCUUGUAUACAAAAGGAAACUGCAUUCAUAUAGGGAUUUUCCUAUCAGAGUGGCAGAGUUGGGAACUGUGUACAGAUAUGAACUCUCUGGUAGCUUGCAUGGACUAUUUCGUGUGAGAGGAUUUACUCAGGACGACGCUCACAUAUUCUGUCUGGAAAAUCAAAUCAAGGAUGAAAUACGGGGAGUUCUUGAUCUUACUGAAGAGAUACUGCUUCAGUUUGGUUUUAGAAAGUAUGAAGUCAACCUUUCAACCAGGCCAGAGAAAUCUGUAGGCAGUGAUGAUAUAUGGGAAAAAGCUACUGCUGCCCUGAGAGAUGCAUUGGAUGACAAAGGCUGGGAUUAUCAAAUUGACGAAGGUGGUGGUGCAUUCUAUGGUCCGAAGAUUGAUCUCAAAAUUGAAGAUGCUCUCGGAAGGAAGUGGCAGUGUUCAACUGUGCAGGUUGAUUUUAAUUUGCCCCAGAGGUUUGACAUUUCUUAUGUGGAUUCGAACUCUGAGAAGAAACGGCCUAUCAUGAUCCACAGAGCUGUUCUUGGUUCUUUGGAAAGAUUUUUUGGAGUCCUCAUAGAACACUACGCCGGUGAUUUCCCUCUGUGGAUUUCACCUAUCCAAGCUCGUGUUUUACCGGUCACUGAUACUGAGGUUCAAUACUGCAGUGAAGUGGUCUCAAGGCUUAAAUCGAACGGGAUUCGAGCUGAACUUUGCUACGGAGAGCGAUUACCGAAGCUCAUAAGGAAUGCAGAGAAGCAGAAAGUGCCGCUAAUGGCUGUCGUCGGUCCAAAAGAAGUCGAGAACAAAACUGUAACUCUUCGGUCCCGGUUUGGUGGUGAGCUAGGAACGAUGCCGUCGAAGAGUUUCAUUCGGAAAAUUCAAUCUGCCAUCGAGAACAGAACUCGAUUGUAGACAUACUGUAUAUUAAUCAUUCAAUAUCAGUCAUCAAAUUCAACUCCAAAGAUUACUUCAAUUGGCCUGUAAAUUUUACAUUUUAAUUUUUUUCUCUUGUUCACUUAUCUUCAAUGUAUUCAAAACUGAGAGAUCAUUGUUCAAUUAUAAUAUAAAGCUCUGUUUGAUCCAAA